CGUGCGCACAACCGGCGGGGGCGGGGGCGGGCGCGGGCGCCAAGGCUGGCAUGGCGGCGCCGCGGCCCUGCGCCGAUAGCCCGUGCUGCUCUCAUCCGGGUGUGGCGUCCGGUGUGCAACAGACGCUGGAGGAGAUGGACUUCGACAGGGGAAUCUGGUCAGCAGCCCUGAAUGGAGACCUAGGUCGAGUGAAAUAUUUAAUCCAGAAGGCAACAGACCCUAGCCAGCCUGACUCAGCUGGCUACACUGCUCUGCACUAUGCCAGCCGCAACGGGCACUAUGCUGUAUGCCAGUUCCUGCUGGAAAGUGGGGCUAAGUGUGAUGCCCAAACCCAUGGGGGCGCCACUGCUCUGCACCGGGCAAGCUACUGUGGGCACACUGAAAUUGCACGGCUCCUGCUGUCUCAUGGGUCCAACCCCAGGUUGGUAGAUGACGAUGGCAUGACCAGUUUGCAUAAGGCUGCUGAGAAGGGUCACGUGGACAUUUGCUCUCUCCUGUUGCAACACAGCCCAGCCCUGAAAGCUGUCCGGGAUCGGAAGGCACGACUGGCAUGUGACCUGCUGCCCUGCGACAGUGACCUACGGGACCUGCUGGCCAGCUGAACUGCCACCCUUCUGCUGUCUUAGGCUGCCAUGCAAGGGUAUGUGGAGAGAGAGUUGAAAGGAAAGCGUUGGGAUGUGGACAUGGCGUUGCUGAUUGUGGAGGCGGGCCCAGAGCCUGGAGGCUGGGAGCCCAAGAGGCCGUGGCCCGGGAGCAGUGGAAACUCGAAGAAGAGAAGAAGAAGAAAGUGAGCAGUGCUGGGGGCCCAGCAGGUGCCAACGCCAAGGCUUGAGAGAUUGAACAACUCCAGACUGAAUCUGGAGACUCUGGCUGACUUGGAAAACUUGGUUCAAAGACGGAGAAAACGACUGAAACGCAGAGUCCCCCCUAGGGCACCUGAGCCCACGGUUAAGCUGCAGCCCCAGGC